AUGAUUAGGAUCUUCUGGCCAUGGCCUGACCAACAGAAUGAUCCUGGGAGGAACUUGACGGACGAUACCAAGAGGCGACACAUUGCCCAAAAUCAGGAGUUUUAUCAUAUACUAUUAAGCCACAACCUCUUAAAUGUGAAUUUUAUUCUUAGCUCUGUCACUGACUAUCGCAGGAUGGAAAUUAACGAUGUACCGACCGAUUCGAGACAGACUCAGCUCUGUCUGGUAGCAUGGAUAUUUACCGGUAUGGCCAUCGUCACCGUCCUGGCCAAGCUCUUUACAACGAUAGUCAUCUUUCAAAGACCUGGCUGGGAUGACUUGUUGAUUCUGUUAUCAUUGAUUGGAAGCAUCGUUGCUUCUUCUCUGGUACAGGCCUCUGCAGAUCUUGGUUUGGGUCGACACACAGCUUCUGUCGCUGCAGAGCCUGGAGGCGUACAAAGGAUGGUUAAGACCAAGAUUCUGCAAGUUGUUGGCUACCCUUUCAACAUUAUGGCCUACAGUCUCCCUAACGUUGCCAUCUUAAUCCUCAUCGAACGACUCGUCGGCAACACGAAAAUAAUGUCCCGCCGAUUCCUUCGUAUCGUCGUAGCUAUACAGAUUCUUCUCGCUGCGAUAUCUGUCGUCAUCAUCUUUGCUCAAUGUCGACCUACCAAGAUGCUAUGGGAUCAGUCAGCCACAGGGGAAUGUUGGAGUCCAGACGUCUUCAACCACUCUUCUUAUGUCGUCAGCAGUUUUACCGUCUUGACUGAUCUCGUCCUUGCUGUUGUCCCGAUCCAUGCGUUUUGGAAAUUAAAACUGAAGAGACAAGAGAAGCUGGAGAUCACAUUCAUGUUGGGCUUGACAUUCCUUUCUGCCGUUUUCACAAUUGUCAAGGCAACGUACUUGUAUACCUUCAAUGAUCGAACGGAUCCUUUAUACAACGUCGUGACUUUAAUUAUUUGGGGCUUCGCAAUUGGUUACAUCAAGAGUGGCAUUGGAGCCGACCUGAAGCAUAACGAGUCAAUAUCCGAGGUUCCUCUCGGUGAUAUGCAACCCAAACAGGAGAAAGAAAGUCAACUCAGUCUUGAACGGAAUAGUUCUACAGAAGAACUGAAUGGAAAUGCGGGCAAGGGUAUAACUCUAAAAAGGCUAUCAAGUACGUAUUAG